AUGUCUCAAGCAUCGUCCUGCGUUCAAAAUCGCAAAUCCAGGUGCCUCACGGCGUCACAAAUCGCCAAGGACAGUGGCAGAUUUGAACAAUGGUCCCAGUACAAUCAUCUUGUCGUGGGGAGUUACCAUACAGAUAUCCCUGUGCACCUUAAGCAGGAUGUGGAGGACGUCUUUAACAACUUUAGACGGCUACCGGAAUCUUGGAUCAACAAAGAUUCGACUACAUACGCUAGGCUUCAAAAGGACCUGGGUCAGGAGUUUUUGGCUUUCCUCCAGUCUGCACAGGUCUCGUCGCCGUCGAUAUUCUCUCCCAAGGCGAAGCGGAAGGAAUCCCAGCAGCUUCUUCGGGAGUUGCAGAAUGUCUUCCUGGCAUUUCAAAAGCUGGAGAAGUUGCGCGAUUCCGAAAAGACUUGGACGGAGGCCGACUAUGCGGCUCAAGUGUACAAUGUUCUGCGCGCAACGGUCGGAUUGCUCAGCGACAACAGGGCCCAUUGUCCCAUAUCGCUCCCUCAGCCUUUGAACGAACAUGUUGUGACCAAGAAAGCCGCGCUCAACCUGAAUGCCCGGACCAUUCGGCCCGACGGCUCAUUGUUUGUUCCUCGCCACGAGAUUGCUGAGCUAUCCGAGGAAGAAAAGUCACCUUUCAACGUGCUGGCUCAGCGUCGUAAUACGAACAACUCCGCGAGUCACGGCGGCGCCUCGUCGUUCAAGUGGCAAAGCACGCUAUGCUCCAAGCUCCCAGCGCAGCCCGGUUUCGAGGUCGCUAGUUGCUUCUGGGAAGAUAAGAAACCAGAACAAAAGGAGCUGGAGGUCGCGUACCGACAGAAUCGUAUGGCGACAACGGCCGCUCUGAGGCAACUUCACGCCCUGAGGAUCGAGGCUCCCGUCUUCGGUCUGGUGUGGGCCGAGGGCACCGUGCGGGCCCACGUCGACUGGUACAAGGAAGAAGACGGGAGAUUUACCAUUGUGUCCGCACCGUACCCCGGGCCGCCACCCGAGCAACCAGUGCGAAGGAAACAGCUCUUCCAUAGCUGGAACCUUGCGGACCCCGGGCACAUCAUUCAGGUGUACCUGCUCCUCCGGAAGCUCGAUCGUUGGACCGUGACUGGAUUCCGGGACCGGGUCGUAACGGGCAUCCGGAGCCUCGUCGACGAAGUCGAGAAGCACGACGGCAAAGUCGUUCAAUGGCGCCGACGUAGCAGCCUCGGCAAAGAUAUGGGCAGAACGGACGAGCACGAGUACGAGCCAGAGUCCAUCUCGAGUCCAGCCAAGCCUCGCGCGCGGGGCAAGGCAGCCAAGCAAGCCAAGCGGCGGACAACUCGGGGCGCUGUCUGA